GGCUGGGCUAUGUCUCGGUUCGGUGCUGUGUUCGGUUGAGGCUGAAGGAAGCAAUGUUGCCUUCUCACGCUCGUGCAAUGUUGUUGCUGCCGGAGCCCCAACCCAAAGCCUGUAGUUGUGCAGGGCGCGUGCAGCAGUGUGGAUACCAGGAGUCGCUGUAGAAGGUAGAAGACGCAAGAAGGAGCAGAAAGGAGAGGAGGCGAGAGGAGAGGAGGCGAGAGGAGAUCUCCAAACAGUGAAGGAACAGAGGAGGAGAUCGCUUUCAGUUAUUUCUUUUACAGUGCAGCAGUAGAAGCCAAGGCUACGCUUUCGACAAAGCGGCUUCAUUCACCAGAGUCCUGAUUUCUCGGAUUUUCUCGGAUUUCUCUGAUUUGGAUGCAUAUAAGAGGAGUGGUGGUCUCCAACAACUACUGCAAAAGGAAUUUACCUUUCUGCUGCUUGCAGCCUUCACGGCUCAGACAGAGUCUCUCUCUCUGUGUAUUUCUCUAGUAUGGAUACCUAACUGGACAACGCGCAUCGGCGAAACUGAACUUGGGAAACAGAAGAUUUGUGGAUUUUACUCAAUCGCGGAUUUCUCGCCUCACUUGGAUGUAACGGAUUACCUGUAACGUCACCUUUCCCCCUCUGUCCCUGUCCCCUCUCCCUUCUCUACAACUCUCUCUCUCUCUCUCUCUCUCUCUCUCUCUCUCUCUCUCUCUCUCUCUCGCUCUCUCUCUCUCUAUCCCUCUAUCCCUCUACCAUCUCUUCUCAGCCUGCCCUGCAACAUGACUUCCCUAUCGGGACACAAAGACAAGUCGGGAGGAUCCCGCUCUCGCAAAUACGGGAUGACAGACGCCUCGCCAACCAAGUCCACAGCGUCAUUCUCUCCCGAGAGCUGGUACCGCAAAGCCUACGAGGAGACCGCCGCCCGGUCGGGGAACCGUCCGACCCCCGAGGGGGGAGCGGGAGCGGCGGCAGGCUCCACGGGCUCCAUCCCCACCGGCUCCUCUGGCGCGCCUUCCCCGGGGUCAGGCACGUCCUCCCCGGGCUCCUUCUCCGGCUCCUCCGCCUCCCUGGGCACCAUAUCUCCAGGCAUUAGUACCGGCUCCCCGGGGUCCCUGGGCGGGUCCCCGGGUUUUGGCACCGGUUCUCCGGGUAGCGGUAGCGGUAGUUCCCCCGGCUCGGAGCGCAGCAGUGGAGUAUGGUGCGAGAACUGCAACACGCGGCUCGCGGAGCUGAAGCGGCAAGCGCUGAAACUGCUCAUCCCCGGACCCUACUCAUGCAAGGAUCCCUCCUACUCCCUCCUACUGCAUGAUAAGCUGCAGGUGUCCAGCUCCGCCUCCUCUGGGUCCAGCCCCGCCUCCCGGAAGGCCGCGUGGGCGGAGUCGGAUGGCCGCUGCUCUGUGUGUGCCACGCCCCUCAGUCAGCUGAAACAGCAGGCCGUGCAUAUGGUGCUCACACUCGACCAAGACCAAGAGCCAAAGCUCCUCCCCGCCUCCCCAGCCACACAGCCACGCGAUUGGCCCUUCCUGCCCGCCCAUCACUCCUCUGGCCCAAUCACAGGCUCUGCUGCUGCUUUCUCUGUUGCCCCACCACCUACAUCGGUCGCCGCCGGGGGCAACAGUAGCAUCCUCACCACCACCAGCAGCAGCAGCAGCAUCAGCACCAACGGAGGAGGAGGACACCCCAAGCAUGGAGCAGGAGUAGGUGGAGGAGGAGGAGGAAGAGCAGCAGGAGGAGGAGGAGGAGGAGGAGGAGGAGGAGGCGGAUCAGGAGGAGGAGGCGGAUCAGGAGGAGGCGGAUCAGGAGGAGGAGGAGGAGGCGGAGCCAAGCCCAGCAGCCUGGGGCUCCUGAUGCCCCCCGUUGCUAACGGUAACGGCAGCUGCAGCACUCACGUGUUGAGCUCCGUCUCCGUGGCGAUGCGUCAGUACCUGGAGAGCACCUGGGCGGUAACCCAUGGCAACCCAGGGCUCGCCCUCUACCCUUACCAGAUCUCCCAGGUGGUUCCGGAAGGUAACCAUGGUAACCGUGAGGUCCUGACAGAAGCGGCGCUGAACCGCUACAACGCGGACCGCCCCCCGAACCAUGGCAGCCCCGCCCCCCACAGUAGCCCUGCCCCCCACAGUACCCCCGCCCCCGCCCCUCCACCAGCCACCACUGGAACCUCCGCUGCUGCAUCGUUCUUCGCCAGGGCAGCCCAGAAGUUGAACCUCUCCUCUAAGAAGCGCAAGGCAGCAGCAGCGGCAGCAGCAGCUCGUGUGGUGGCGCCCCCUGUGGCGGGCGAGGGCAUUGCGCCCCCCCUCUUCCCCACUAACUUCAGCGGAGCUCUGCAGCUGGCUCCGCCCCCCGCCCCCCCCUGCCUACUCAGAGCCAUCAACAAGGUCAAGGACACUCCAGGACUGGGAAAGGUGAAGGUGAUGCUGCGUGUGUGUCCCCUGUUGCCGGGGGAGACGGCUGAGCGUGACGUCAGCAGCUGCAGCUCCUUCCUGAAGGUGGACGUCCGCAAGAAACAGGUGAGCAUCAUGGACCCGGCCACCGGAACAGCGUCCAAUCACACGCCUCAGAAGCGAUCAGGAUCAACCAAUCAGGGGCCUCCUAAGAUGUUCGCUUUCGAUGCCGCCUUCCCACACGACGCAUCACAGGCGGAGGUGUGUUCGGGGACGGUAGCGGAGGUCAUCCAGUCUGUGGUCAACGGGGCCGACGGCUGCGUCUUCUGCUUCGGACACUCCAAACUCGGUAAAUCGUACACUAUGAUUGGUCGCGAUGCGUCGGUGCAGUCUCUGGGCAUCAUCCCGUGUGCCAUCUCCUGGCUGUUCAAGCUGAUCAACGAGAGGAAGGAGAAGACUGGGGCGCGCUUCUCUGUACGCGUCUCGGCCGUGGAGGUGUGGGGGCGAGAUGAGAAGCUAAAGGAUCUGCUAGCUGAGGUGGCGACCGGCAGCCUACAAGACGGACAGUCACCUGGAGUCUACCUGUGCGAAGAUCCCAUAUGUGGCAUGCAGCUCCAGAAUCAGAGUGAGCUGCGAGCCCCUACUGCUGAGAAGGCCGCCUUCUUCCUGGACGCAGCUCUGGCGUCUCGUUCCAGCUGCAGCCGGCCGGACGUCCAAGAGGAGGAGCAACGGAACUCGCACAUGCUGUUCACACUGCACAUCUACCAAUACCGCAUGGAGAAGACCGGCAAAGCAGGCAUGUCAGGUGGGCGUAGUCGUCUGCACCUGAUAGACCUGGGGAGCUGUGUGAAGGUGUUGGGGAAGCCUAGGGGGGACUCCUCCUCCUCGACGUCCAGAGACUCCUCUUCCUCGACGUCCAGAGACUCCUCCUCCUCGUCUGCUGCUGCUGCUGCAUCGGGCCUGUGUCUCUCCCUCUCAGCACUGGGCAACGUCAUCCUUGCACUGGUCAACGGGAGCAAACACAUACCCUACAAGGACAGCAAGUUGACGAUGCUGCUGCGGGAGUCGCUAGGCAACAUGAACUGCCGCACCACCAUGAUCGCGCACAUCUCCUCGUCUCCUAGCAACUUCUCCGAGACGCUCUCCACCCUGCAGAUCGCCACACGCCUCCUGCGCAUGAAGAAGAAGAAGACCAAAGUCAACGUGCAGUACACAUCGAGUUCCUCGGGAGGGGAGAGUUCGUGUGAGGAGGGCCGCAUGCGGCGUCCGACUCAGCUGCGGACGUUCCACUCGUCCCGCGGGGGCGGAGAUGGCGUCGGUGUCGAGGGCGAGGGGGGCGGAGCCAUGUCCCACCACAUGCUGCGUCUAGCGGGCGGGGCCGGCGGAGGGGGAGGAGCCUGCGAGGCGGACGGCUACUCCAGCAGCGAGCAGUCAUGUGACACAGUGAUCUAUGUGGGGGCCAAUGGGAACGCGCUGUCCGACCGCGAGCUCACCGACAACGAGGGACCGCCGGAGUUCGUCCCCAUCGUACCCUCCAUACAUUCCAGCAAAGCAGAGCAGCCCUCGUCGUCACCCCAGAAGCUCCUCCCACCGGCGUCCCAGCAGCCCCUGCAGGUGCCGGGAGGGGCGGGGCCUGUUGGAGCGGGGGCGGGGUCUGUGGUCCCCGUGCAGAUGGUACAGCCCCUCCCGCUGCACCCGCAGCCCCUCCCCCCGGUGCCCGAGGAGGGGGCGGAGCUAGACAAGCAGGGGGCGGAGUUAGACAAGCCGGGGGCGGAGCGGGACUGCCUGAAGUGCAACACGUUCGCAGAGCUGCAGGAACGCCUGGACUGCAUCGACGGCAGCGAAGAGGUCUCCAAGUUCCCUUUCGAGGAGCUGCCCACCUCUGCUGCCGCGGCAACCGCUACCGGCCGCGCCACCGCCAGGGUCCCGCCCAUGCCCAUCACCGUGGCAACAGCCGUCGCGGUGCCCACCUCCGCGGCAGGGUCGGGGGCGGUGCCCGCUGGUCAAGGUUGUCAUGACAACAAGCCAUCAGCUGACCCCAACAUUCCAUCCUGGAGGACGUCCAACGACCAGCAGCUGGAGGAGAUACGGGAGGUUGUGGAGGAGGCGGAGUUGGCCAAGUGCAUCAUUGACAGCUUGGCGUCGUCACACUCGUCCCUGAGCGGCCUCACAUCCAGCCGCAGUGUCACAGGGGGCAGUGUGAGCGUGGGUCAGCUGCCCCCCCUGCAGCGGGCCUCCAGUGUGGGUCUCCAUGACAACGGUUUCCAUGGCAGCAGAGAGUCCAUCAGCGGCGGCAGCAGCAGCGAGGGCAGUAAGCCCCGCCCCCUGGGCUCCCCCAGACUGGGCGUGGCCAGCCUCAGCAAGACAGCCGAGUACAAGACCGCCCCUUCGUCCCCCUCCCAACGCACUAAGGUGUACACCCAGAAGUGCGUGCUGCCCGGUACUCCCCCCUCCUCCUCCUCCUCUAACAACCUGAGCAGAGAGGCCUGUGGCCCGGGACGCUCCUCAUCCGAAUCUCUCCUCUCACCUCCUGCUGACGCCAGGACGUCUCCUGUGGGCAUGGCUCCCUCGCCGGCCUCUCAGGGUCCUCCGGGUGCCCCGCGUGACUCCUCCCCCUCCGCUCCACGUGACUCCUCCCCCUCCGCCAGUCUGGGCUCCGCGGAGACACUGUGCGACGAGGAGGCGGUGCCUCAACUCCCAUUGGACGCCCGAAGGGAAGGGGGGCGGGGCAACAGCACUAGCGGUGUUGUUACCACGGCGACCACAAGCCUAUUGCUGCUGCAUCAUCAUCAUCAGCGCCCCCCGGAGGACGAACUGGUCGUCACGACGACGCUCGAGGAGGAGGAGCCUGGCAUCACCAUGGAAACGGGGGGAGUGUUCCUGGAGAAGGGGCGUCCCACCAGCCUGAUCAGCGUGGCGGGUAGCGACUGCUCCGUGCGGGCCCUGGCGUCGGGAUCGCGGCCCGUCAGCAUCAUCAGCAGCGUCAGCGCAGAGGACCUGGACUGCUGCUACACCGCCGCCAUCACCACCACCACAACCAUCGCUACGGCCACCGUCUCCAAGGCCAACGUGUCCUGUCUGGAGGGCGGCAGGGGAAAGGUCUGCGGGGUCGGGGUCGGGGGGGUGUCGCUGGCGGAACACGGUUCCGGGGGUUCGUCGAUCAGCUCCUGGCUCAGCCGCGUGAACGGAGGAGGCGCAGGAGCGGGAAGCGAGGAGGAGACACGGGCACCACUACACCUGGCAGAGGAGGAAGAAGAGGAGGAGGAGGAGGAGGAGGAAGAGGAGGAGAGGGGUGGAAUGGGUACCAGCGACAGCAUCCUGGCAUCGGGCCAACAAGCAGACAUGCCCAGCGAGAGAGGCGUCCCCGUUCAGGAUCCCGAGGAGGGGCCGCGCCCGGGCCGCAUGUCCCCGGUCCUCAGCCGGACCACGGUGACGGUGGUGUCCAGCGCGCAGGGCGUCUCCAUGGUGACUGUAUCCAGCGUUCAGGGCGUUGCUACGGUAACCACCACCAGCGGCGGCGGGCUGCUGCCCCUGCGCACCACCAUCAGCGUCCACCCCUGUCUGGCCGUCAAGCCCAUCGUCACGGCAACCUCCAGCAGCUCCCCCACCAAGGGCCCCCCCAGCCUGAAGGACCCCCCCAAGGGCCCCCCCGCCCCCCUGUCCAGUGACAUGACCUUUGACGACCCCUGGAUGAGGCGAGGGGGGGGCGAGGAGCCCAAAGAGCUGACGAGUGAUGAGAUUGAGAAGAGGGGAGGAGGAGGAGGUGGAGGAGGUGGUGUGGACCGGCGUAGUUCCAGCAGCGGGGAGGCAUCCUGCUCCCCCGAGGCCCUGACGAGGCGCCCGGUCGUGGACGGCUGCGAGAUGCUAAUGCUAAGUCCCUCCGACGGCAACACCACUCCUCCCUCUUCAUCCUCCUCCUCAUCCUCCCCCUCCGCCGCUGCCGCCGCCCUCUUCUCCUCCUCCUCCAUCCUGCGCACCGGCAGCCUCCCGCGCGGCUGGCACCGCCUCAAUCGUCACGACGACGACGAAUCGGUGGUGGCCGCGGCAUCGCUACGCUAUGUUAGCGGCGGCGGGGGAGGAGGAGCCCCAGGAGGAGGCGGGGGGGAGUAUCGGGAGUACCGGGGGCUGGGGAUGACGAGCUCCACGCCUUGUAGCCCGCGUGCCACACUGGAGCGGAGGGGGUCGUCCUCCUCGCGCAGCAGCCUCUGGGGGCGCCAGCGAGCCGCUAUCCCCCCCCUGCCGCCCGUGCGCAAGUCCAGUCUGGACCAGCGGAACCGAGCCGGGACCAGCACACAGCACCUGCACCAGGUCUCCUCGGGCAGUCUGCAGACUCUCUGCUUCCUGGGCGGUGGAUUGGACGAGCCUGCGGGGUCCUACGGCAAGUCGCGAGGGUCAGGGUCAGCGUUGGACAGCGGACGGCUCUUCAGUGCCAAGCUGGAGCUACUGGCAAGCAGGAGCAACUCUCUGGGCCGCCGCCAGGGGGCGCACUCCUCCUCCUCCUUCCAGUACGACUGUCGCUCGCUGGAGCGCGCAGAGACCAUCGCCUCCAUGGGGUCAAAGGGUGCCGCCACGGCCACAGCCACAGGGGUCGUCGCCAAGGAUACCGCCAUGCCGGGCAGGUCAGGCAGGAGCUUGACGCGCGGCGCCUCUGUGCCAUCUCCCUCCUCCCCCUCCUCCCACUCCCCAUCGUCUCCCUCGGCGGUUGCUAACGGUAACACCACCGCCACCACCACCGCCACCGCUGCCGUGUCUCCGCUGGGCCUGCCGCCGUCUCCUAAAGGUGGACAAUCCAAGAUGUCCGCCGUGACGAAGCUGCUGAUGGCGAGUCCCAAAGCACGAAGUCUCUCGUCUUCCUCCUCCUCGACCACCAGGACGCUCAGCUUCUCCAAAUCCCUCCCCCAGGGCAACGCCAACGGCAACGGGAACGGCAGUCGCAGCUCCAGCCUGCCCCCCUCUGGCAAGAACCAGAACCAGAACCAAGGUCAAGGUCAAAGUCAAAGUCAAAGUCAAGGUCAGAGCCAAGGUCAGAGCCAAGGUCAGAUCCAAGGUCAGAGCCAAGGUCAGGGUUCGUGGUCGACCCAGUCGCUGAGCCGCAGCCGGGGGUCCAGCCUGGCGUCCAAGCUGCCCCUGAGGGCGGUGAACGGGCGCAUCUCGGAGCUGCUGCAGGGCAGCGGGGGGGGGCCCAGAGGAGGCAGCGGAGGGGGGCACGGCCGGGGGAGUGGAGGCGGAGUGGGGGGCACGCCUGACUCUGAGGAACGCGGCCAAGCUAUUGCCGGGACGACGCCACAACAGCAUCCACAAGGACCAGCAGUUCAAGGUCACGGAGGUCAGAGUGGCAUGGAGGAGAGGCCAAAGGUGGUCCACACACUGCCCUCUCCCUACAGCAAGGUGACGGCUCCGCGGCGUGCUCACCGGUGCAGCAGCGGCCACGGCAGCGACAACAGCAGCGUGCUGAGCGGCGAGCUGCCGCCCGCCAUGGGCAAGACCGCCCUCUUCUAUCACCACGGCAACAGCGGAGGCAGCAGCGGCUACGAGAGCGCCAUGAUGCGCGACAGCGAGGCCACCGGGAGCACGUCCUCCGCACAGGACUCCAUGAGCGAACACUCCAGCUGCGUCAGUGGCAGACGAAGCCUCAAGAACAGCAAGAAGAGGAACAACACAGGUACCCAGCGUCGUCGCCUCAUCCCUAGUGUCAGCGUUGAGGCGGGUGUGUGUGUGUCUCCGGUGCGUAAGCCUCUCGUGGUGUCCCCCGGGGUACGCUGGGUCGAUGGGCCCCUGGGGCCCCCACAGCAGAGGGAGAGGGGACCCCCCGGGGCGGCCGAACCGUUCGAGAUCAAGGUGUAUGAAAUUGAUGACGUGGAGAGACUGCAGCGGAGGAGGCUGUCAGGAAACAAGGAGGUGUUGUAUUUCAGUGCCAAGCUGAAGAUCCUGGAGCAUCGUCAGCAGCGCAUCUGUGAGGUGCGCUCCAAAUAUGACGGCCUGCGCAGGGAGCUGGAGCUCACCAAGCAGCACCUCAUGCUGGAGCCACAGAAAUGGACCACGGAGUUUGACCUUCAGCAGGUGUUCGAGGUCGACUCGCUGGAGUACCUGGAGGCGCUGGAGUUCGUGACGGAGCGGCUGGAGACGCGCGUCAACUUCUGCAAAUCGCACCUCAUGAUGAUCACCUGCUUCGACGUCACCUGCCGACGCCGGUAGAGCGAGCAGGAGGAGGUCGCCACGGCAACG